AUGACGGAGUCGCGGCGCACGCGUAGGGUUCAGACCUUCGGCAGAAAGAAAACGGCGGUGGCUGUGGCUCUCUGCACGGAGGGGAAGGGGGUUAUAAGGAUCAACGGGGCCCCGCUGCACCUGCUGAAGCCUGAGGCACUCAGAGUAAAGGCCUGUGAAUCUAUACUCGUUCUAGGGAUGGAGAGGUUUGAGGGUAUAGAUAUCCGUGUGCGGGUUCGCGGCGGUGGUUUUGUCUCUCAAGUGUAUGCGGUUAGACAGGCGAUAGCCAAGGGUGUUGUCGCCUACCACCAGAAAUAUGUAGAUGAAGCAACAAAGAAAGAAAUACGCGAUGCUCUCGUUGCAUGCGAUCGAUCCCUCGUCGUCGCCGAUCCCCGCCGCUGCGAACCCAAAAAAUUUGGGGGCCCCGGGGCCCGCGCGCGCUACCAGAAGUCUUAUCGUUAG